GGUUAUGGGUGACCUCCAAUUGCCCUCUUACGCAAGACAACCCAUGGAGCUUCUGCAGACUGCAGCAUAGAAGCGCAUUUCCGCACGUCUGGCGUUCUGACGAAUACGAAUGGCUCAGCGAGGACAGUACAGGGCAAGCAAGCAAAGAAGCAGCAACUUGCAAGCACCCAAGGCGGUCUGCAAUCUGCAUUCCAAUGCUCGCUACAGACUCCGGAGUAUUCCUCGCCCGCCUCAUGCACUUUGCCUCGAGUCGGCAUCCAUCAAAUGCCAUCUUGAUGGUGUACUCCGUACCUGCUUAUCGACAGGCUUGUCGAAUUGUCUUGCAUGUUGUAAUGGGGCGUCUACCUUGGUGUACAAUCGCACGUUUCAAAAGCCUGUACAGCAAUCCGCUCGAGGCUUGUCACCCUCAUAAUGGGUCUCCUUCCGCUUCUCCGCGACGCCCAUCGCGCACCAAGCAGCUUCGAUGGGCGUUCCUCGCAAUCUCUGGUUACACAUGUAAACCCCUACGAAGUACCUGUCUCUUGGGAAGAGUGCCGGAUUAGAACACGGCUCAGAAGUUCUCCUCAGACAGUGUAUUCUGACGCGCACAGAGCGAAAGAUCAUACCAUUCCAUAUAGGCCUGAUAUCACGGCCCAUGGCCCAUCGUGGGCCCGAGAUGUCGAACAUGACGGACAAGGAUCGGCGCACAGCUUCAAGUGUCUGUGGGUGGUUGUGCCGGUGCUCGGUGCUCAGUGGCCGUCAUACCACCCCCCUUCCCGAGAGCUCUUUGCUGACCCCUUCUCAUCGGCGCCAAAAGCAAAUACCAGCGCCGGCAGAUGCCCGCCAUGGCACUCUACGGUGUACUACGUACUUGUCAUGUCCAGGAAACCCAUGUCUUCUCUUGAGAUAUUCUCUCAGAGUGAGUCGAUUGCGUCGCCAUACGCCCAAUCCUUGAACCUAGGUUACGCCGCGAAUUGUUGCUUCCCAGGGACCCGCCCGCAUCGUGACAUUUUCGGAGACUGUUUGGUUGGUCUGGUAUGGACACAUCAGCGGUCUACUACCGGUACUAGCAUUGCAGACGGCUCGACGAGAAGGACAGCCACCGCAGACUCCUGCCUGUUUCUGCAGCCAGCCAAAGAACUAAAGAAAUCUUUGUUUCAGAUUUCGCCUGCAUACCGACUCAACCCAUGCGCUAAGCACUUUACGGUGUACAAAAAUCUAUUAGCUGGAAUCUGUCGGUCUUGUCUGCCUUCCCUGCCCCCUGGCCCGCGAUAGCGCCUCAUCAUCUCGCCGGAUUUGGAUCGUCCAGAAUUUUUUUUUUUUCGAAUGUACGAGAAGCUGGUUGUAUCCAGCAUUCAACUUGCCAAGUUCAACGACUCACAAGUCAUGACUCUUCCAGCUGACGUACGAAAUAGAGUCAUUUUGCUUUCCGUGCCAGUCAACGGAUGGCGGGCGCGUCUAUUCUGGUUGUCUUCAUCUACCCA